AUGGGUAUAGUCCGUAGAUUAUCAGCUGAAGAAGUCAUGAAAGUAGCGAAAGCAAUGUUAAUCCAAAAUUGUGUUGAUCCCUCCUUGCCAAAACAUGUUUUUGGCCUCUCCCACCAAGAAACCACAGAUGUGGAGCUAGCAUGUCUUCUUCUAGCUUCCGCAGAGAAGGUUGCCAAGCAAGAACAUGAUGAAGGGAGCAGAUUGCUAAACCUCUGUGAUUUCUUGUCCUCCAGGACAGGAAGUUCAGUUCAAAGAACCGUUCAUUAUUUUACCAAAGCUCUCCAAGAGAGGAUUGCUAGAGAAGCUGGGAGAAAUGAAGAAGAGGGAUACCGUCAUUCAGAAGAGACAAUGGCGUACGGGAAUCCUACUAUCAUUUCAUGUUUCCUUAACCUUCCCUUUAGCCAAGUUACUCAAUUUGCAGGAAUCCAAACAAUUGUAGAGAGUGUGACUUCCGUGAAAAGGGUCCACUACAUUGACCUUGCAAUCAGAAGUGGUACUCAGUGCAUAGUGUUGAUGCAAGCCCUUGCAACUAGCCAUGAAUGCCCUAUCGAGCUUCUUAAAAUAACUGCGGUUGGAACAUCAUCAAAACAGAAAAUGGAGGAGACAGGGAAAGGACUCGCCCGUUUUGCUGAGGCUUUAAACUUACCCUUUUCAUUCCAAAUAAUUUUGGUGAGAGACAUCCAAGAUCUCAACAAAGAUAUGUUCCAGACACAGGCUGAUGAAGUUGUUGCCAUCUAUUCCCCUGUUCUGCUAAAUCAUAUGAUAAGGAAACCUUCUCGCUUGGAAUCUCUGCUGAAAGUGGUUAGAAAGCUCAACCCAUGUGUCAUGGUGGUGAUCGAAGCAGACACAGAUCACAAUUCACCAAAUUUCUUAGGCCGUUUCAAUGAUGCGCUCUUAUCCUACAGUGCAUAUUUCGAAUGCCUUGAAGUUUGCAUGGAUCGGAGUGAUCCCAAUAGGAUGACAAUGGAAGAUACAUACCUGAGUCGGCAGAUAAGAAACAUUGUUGCGACAGAGGGUGAGGACAGAGUUUUCAGGCGCAUGAAGAUUGAGGCUUGGAGGAACCUUUUCGCAGGAUUUAGUAUGGUCGAACAAGAGCUUAGCAUGUCAUCUUUGUAUCAGGCAGAACUUCUGGUGAAAAGCUUUGCUUGUGGGAGCUCUUGCACGCUUGAUAGGAAUGGAAAAUGCCUGACUAUUGGGUGGAAAGGAAGGUCAUUUCUUUCAGUUUCGGCUUGGAAAUUCCACCAAGAAGAAGCCUAG